UGACUUCGUUUAUUAACACGGAAUAAGAAAGGGGGGGGGGAGAGAGAGAGAGAAGCGAGCAGAGUGGAGAAAGGUUAGAGUGAGCAGAGGUAAUCUUCUUUAAUCUAGUUAUGGUGUAUAGUUUAAAAUAGCUGUAAAAUUGAAAAGUUAUUUUUAUUUCGUUCCUUGUUUAGGAGGAGGGGUGGGGUAAUCAUUGUAAAAAAUCACAUGUUUUACGUUUUUCAACAUUUAAUAGUUGUGAGUGUACACUAUAUACAGUUGACACUCAGCUGAGAGAAGGAAAGCAGGGUUAUUCUUGUUUCAUGCCUAGCCUAGGGGUCAGACUAAACAGAAGAUAUUAUAGCUUUAUUCAGCUGUAGGACGGAUACCGGACACCGGUGAUAAUAUCGGAUAAGAAAAUGGAAAGAUGUUUUCUGUGUGAUGAGACCAGGACGGCAAAGUGUCGUGAAUGUAAAAGUGUUCAUUUUUGUCAUCUCCAUCGAUCCUCACAUAAGAUCGGAGAGAAUGGAUCCUGCUCCUUUAUCCGAUCUGAAAAGUUUGGAGACGCAGGACGAGGUUUGGUGGCAACCAAGGAUUAUUCUCCGGGAGAUGUUGUCUUUGCUCUGAAACCUGCAACAUUAGGCCCAUGUGUUCGUUCUCAAGUUCAAUGUGUAAACUGCUUAAUGGUUCUUCAUGACAAGAUGACCUGCUCAAAGUGCUCACUCCCUGUGUGUGAUACAAAAUGUGAAAGAGGAGAACACCAUCAAGCUGAGUGUCAGGUUCUACAAAAGAUCCGAGAUGGAUUAAAAGAUCAGCAAGGCGGAAGAAAUCUUUACAAGGCGGAGAUAAAGAACCUGACCUCCGCCGUGAUGACGAUACGCCUCUUCUCACUUAAAUGGAGGGAUCCUGGAACCUGGAACCUGGUUUCAAUGUUAAUGGAUCAUGAUGGGAACCCGGAACUGUGGAAGAGUAUUCUCCAAGCUUAUAAAAGCAUUCUGAUCAAGGAUCCAAGGUUUGAAGAAAAUGAAUUAAAACGUGUUUUCGGUAUUCAAUGUACUAACGGAGCUAAUCUUCAUCUUCCUCCAACCCAUGGUCGAGGAGUUGGAGUUUAUCCAAUAUUUGCAUUACUCAACCACUCUUGCAUGUGUAAUUCAGAAACCCUAGAGAGCGCCGAAUCCCAUUCUGUUGUAGUCAAAGCAAGAUUUAAAAUCGAGACUGGAGAGGAGAUAUCAACCUGCUACUUGAAGCCAGAGCAAGCAACUUUUGCUCGUAGACAAUUCCUCUUCAAUAAAUGGAAUUUCUGGUGUUCAUGUCGUCGUUGCUCCGAUCCUUCGGAGUUGGGAGCAUUUUCUGGAGGUAUGGUCUGUUUGAAUGGUAGAUGUGGAGGUCUCCUUCUCCCUUGUUCCCCUCUAGAAGAAAUAUCCCCCUGGUUCUGCCAGGAUUGCAGAACACAGUUCUCCUGGCACCAGAUCUCGAAUAUUCUAGAACAAACUCUGCUGGAGGUUGAGAGUGCAGGAAGUGGAGGAAGUGUUGAAAGAUUGGAAGAACUUAUAUUUACUCUUCGUCAAUAUCUUUAUCAUACUCAUUAUAUGUUAAUACAGGUUGAGCAGAGACUUCUACUUCAGUAUUGGGAUAGGAGCAAAGGAAAUAAAGAGAAGAUUUCAAGACCCGUCCUUGAUAGAAUUAUUCAGUUGAGUAAAAAUAUACUAGUUCAACAGGAGCGAACGGAUCCAGGAGAGAGUAGACAGAGAAGAAUAUUAGAAGAAAUCUAUUAUUCGUCAAUACUGGAGAGAGGUUGCAAGGAUUUCAAGCUCGGCGUAAUUACACGGGAGAAACUUCAGAAUUUUAUACUCUGCAAACAGGCCAGGAUGAAAAUUUGACAUUUUCGCUUUUUUUUAUUUGUUAGAAAUAAAUAUUUUUACAUUUUUAUGCAAAUUGUUAAGUUUUAAAUUGUUAUAUUAAUAAAGCAAGCAGUAUCAAAUUAU